AUGAACCUUGAUAUUGUCCUAACUGCUGAAGGUUACAAAUUCGUAAUCACUGAGGAGUGCCUAGAAAAACCUGAAAAUGCUACUGAUGAUCAGGUUAAGGACUAUGACAAAUGGUUUAAGGCUGAUGAGAUGGCGCGAUGUUACAUUCUUGACUCUAUGGUGAAUGUUUUGCAACAUCAGCAUCAGUCUAUGGGGUCUGCUUAUGACAUGCUCGAAAGUCUCAAGGAGAUGUUCGGUGAGCAAAAUUGUGCGGCUAAGCAGACAGCCAUGAAAGCCCUUUUGAACACCAAGAUGGAUGAAGGAUCAAAAGUCCUUGGAGCUGUGAUUGAUAAGGAGUCUCAAGUUGAGAUGGUCCUUCAAACUCUGCCUGACAGUUUUCAAAAUUUUUUCUUGAAUUAUAAUAUGAACAAAAUGGAUUUGUCACUAGCGAAAUUGUUGAAUGAGCUGCAAGCGGCAGAAUCUAUUAUCAAACAACAAGCUCCAGUUGUGGCACUCAAUGUUGAGAAAGCUUCAGUUACUAAGUCGAAAGGCGGUAAGAAAAAGAAGAAGGCUCAAAAGGUUUUGUCACCUGGAGGUGCGGCUGGUGUGAAAAAGCCAAAGGAAAGUGCUAUCAUUGCAAGCAACUCGAGCAUCACAAAAAGCAAUGCCCUGCCUAUCUGA